AUGGCCUCAAAGUUGCUGUCUACCCGGAUCAUCCCUUCCAUUCCAUUGCAGGCAGACACGUCUCCUCCCGUGCUCCAGCUCCUAUCAGAGGCUACUGAGAGUGGCUGUGUUGACCCAGAGGUCUUCAACCUGCUGAUCGAAACCAGCCUGCAGGUGCGUUUAACAUUCUGGGCAGGGAAUCACGAGGGGGUGUUGCGAGCGUACAAGCUGAUGUUAGCGAGUGGGUUGGCACGCGACUUGAAUCCGCCUUUUUGGAACAAGCUCAUCCUCGCCGUGGUUGCCGUGCCCUCCGCCCCUGCCUACGUGGCCUACGGGUGCUACGAUGGCAUGAAGAGGUGGGGACCCAAGCCGGACCUAGAAACGUACCAGGGGCUCAUGGCAGUGUGUGCCAGGGAUGGCGAUGCAGCACGGGCGACCAUGCUAAAGAAAGACAUGGAGGAUGGCGGAGUGGAGGUCACAGCAGCGGUGCUCCAUGCACUCAUAGCCAUGCAGCGCAAGUCAGGGAUGUCGCAGGUGGCUGCGGAGACUCUGAAGGAGAUGCAGGCCAAGGCUAUAGUCUCGACUGAUGAGCAAAGGGCAUGUGGUAAGGAGCUCCUGACGGAGGCCAUUGAGAAAGGCGAUGCAGCAUGGGCCAUGGCUUUGAAGAAAGACAUGGAGGAUGGCGGAGUGGAGGUUACGGAGGAAGUGCUCCGUGCGCUCCUGGCCAUGCAGCGCAAGGCAGGGCUGUGGGAGGCGGCUGUGGAGACACUCAAGGAGAUGCAAGCCAAGGGCGUCAUGGAGAUGUCAGCCAGUGGGUUUGCACGUGACUUGGAUCCCGAGUUCUGGAACAAGCUCAUCCAUGCCGUGGCUGCCGUGCCCUCCGCCCCUGCCUACGUGGCCUAUGGGGUGAGUGAGGGAAAAGGAGGUGAGUGGGUGGAGGAAAAGGGAGACGAGGCAACCUACCAGGGGCUCAUGGCAGUGUGUGCCAGGGAUGGCGAUGCAGCACGGGCGAUGGCACUAAGGAGGGAAAUGAAGCAUGAGGGCCUGGAGGUGACAGCGGCUGUGUAUUGCGCGCUGAUCAAUGCACAGGGCAGGGCAGGAGCGUGGGAGGCAGCUGUGGAGACUUUCAGAGAGAUGCAGGCCAAGGCGAGGGGAGAGAUAGAGGUAAGCCUUUCGGGUCACAGCAGCGGUGUAUGGUGCGCUGAUGAGUUCACAGGGCAAGGGGGGGAAGUGGGAGGCGGCUGUGGAGGCGUUCAAAAAGAUGCAAGUCGAGUCUAG